GCGUCCGAUACUGCGAUAAGUUUCGAUAAGCUGGGCGGUCACACUGCGGACCAGAAAAUAACCAAACCAAAAGCAAAAAACGCGAGCGGGGGCAGGGAGGAGAGCGAUCGCCGUCCUUAGCCAACUGAGGAUUCAAAUCUGCAAAUCUGCAAGCGAACAUAAACGAUAAAUAAGACACAGUUAUUGGCCAAAAGCGCAUAUUAACGGUAGUCCCUGUACAGUAGACGAUAGCCAGUGAAAAAGGCAGCCCCCACCUGGGCAGUGAAAUGUUUAAGAGCCACUUCCAGGAACGCAGCGUAUGAACGUAUAAACGGUUUCCGAGAACUGUCCACCAAUACAGACAGCCAACAAGUGCCACGGCCAGCAAGGUGAUUUAGUGUGUGUGCGAGAGAGAGAGCGGCGUGUCGGUGUGCGCGUGUGCCUGCUAGUGUGUGAGUGAGGAAGAGAGGAGAGGAGAGAUUAGAGUGGACCUUGACAGCGGCAUAGCGGCAGCUGGAGAGGAUUAGGAUUAAGAUGUUGCUCCAGGCGCUGCUCGUGCUCGUGCUCACCCUCGCCGGCUGGGGCGAGGCCAAGGCGGUCAUCGUGGAGCCCGGCUGGAUGAUUCCCGGCAAGGUGGAGCAGCUCAUCGGCGGCGAUCUGAACAUCAGCUGCACCCUCAACGAGGAGUACUUCCGCACCAGCAAGGAUCACUGCCUCGUCGACCAGCUGUACGUGAGCGGCGGCGGUCAGGUAUACACCGGUCCCCAGUACAUCCGCAUCCUGAACAACACCACCAUCCUGUUCAGCGUCACGAAUGCCGCCGAGCAGGAGCACGAAUAUCUGUGCAUGUGCGGCGAGUAUGUGAUCAAUAAAUCAAUGGUUUAUGUCGGAACCAGCCCGCUCCUGGUGCGCGACUUCAAUUGCCUGGACUACGACUUCCAGUUCAUGGUCUGCAACUUCACCCAGCCGCCCAACAGGGUCAUCACCAAGUACAACAUCAGCUACAACACCAACAACGACUGGCGCUACAGCAACACCCUGGACUGCAACUUCGAUUCGGCACCGCUGGUCACCUGCAAUCUCACCGAUGACAACUACAAGCGCUUCAGCGAGACCUUCUACUUCCGUCUGUAUAUCGUUAAUGCCUUGGGUCACGAGACCCAGCCCAUCACGAUCAAUCACUUCGAGCGUUUGGUUCCGGCGCGACCUGGUCAAAACCUGACCAUGGUCAACCGAACGGAGAGCUCGGUGUGCCUCUCGUGGGAGAUGCCGCGGCGCUCCAACUACAAUCGCGGCCUCACCUGGCAGGUGGCCGUCGAUCCGCAGAACUUCGAUACCAUCAGCCGGCCCAGCUGGCUGAACAAUAGCUCGACCAUUAAGGAUCUGCUCUGCCUCACGGAGCUGCCCUUUGCCGGCUACAAUUACACGCUGCGCCUGCGCGUGCGCGCCAACCAGAACAACACGCUGUGGAGCGAACCGCUGAUCUAUGCCUUCGCCACCGCGCCGGCGCCACCGCGUCGUCCGCCGCGCGUCACCUACGGCAGCUUCUAUGUCUACUCCUCGGAGACGGGCAUGCGCUUCUACUGGGAGGCCCUGGCUGCCCACGAGCUGAACGGCCCGGACUUUCGCUACGUCAUCAGCGAGUACCGCAUCAAUGGGACAGAAGUCGAUCCUGGCUUGAUCAAGGUGGAGUCCAACUCGGCGAUAAUUGACCACUGGAACAUGAGCGCCGUGCACACCUUCCUCAUCCGCAGCUCCAACAGCCAGGGUGUGUCCGUGAACGCCACCACCAUGACGAUCGGGCCCAUUAGCAACCGGGACUGGCAGCGCGUGCCGAGGAACAUUCGCGCCGAGUACCAUUCGAACAACAAGAGCUACACGCUCAGCUGGCAGCCGCCGGAGGAUCGGGCGGAGCUGCAGAACUACACGGUCUUCUGGUGCGUCCAAAAGCCGGGCCUCUUGUCCGAGUGCGAGGGAUCCAUACGCUUCGCGGAGGUCUCCGCCGGCCAGCUUCAGUUCACCACGGCCCGCGACCAGCUGCCCACGCUGCACAUGGCCGUGUCGGCCAACUAUCGCACCCACAACACGGGUCUGCGGUGGGUGAGCUGCAGCAGCGACAAGAAGGACGAUCUGGCCAAGAUGGAGCCCUCGAUCACGGUGGCCACCGACACCACGCUGACUGUGAAUUGGGACUCGAAGAACGUCUGCCCGGUGAUCCUCGCCGGCUACAAUCUGACCUACUGCCAGCGAUCCACCGGAAGGCCAGACAAUUGCACCACCUUGAAGAUGGAUCGCUACACCACGAAGCACAAAAUCCAGAAUCUGGUGCCCUACACCGACUACAGCGUCAAGAUGCUCAUGUACUCGGAGUCGCGGGCCAGCAAGUACAGCGACGAGCUGGUCAACCGCACCGGCGAGGCGGCGCCCAGCCAACCGCGGGAGCUGCAGCUGCUCCGUGUGAGCAGCGCCAGUGUGGAGCUCGCCUGGAAGCCGCCGCUGCUCGCGAACGGCAUUGUCCGCUCCUACGAGGGCGCCUUCCGCUCGCUGCGCGACAACGUCACCGAGACAUUCCGCGUGAGCGCCGACGCCGAGCAUCUGGUGGACAUCGAGAAGCCCGUCAACUACCGGCUGGGCAAUCUCACGGCCUUCACCCAAUACGAGGUGAGCGUGCGGGCGCGGACGGUCUUCUCCUCGGAGCCCAGCAACGUGAUCUUCUUCAGCACGGCCAUCGGAGUUCCCUCGGCGCCGAAGCUUCAGGUGACGAACGACAAGGACCAGAGCUCGCGACUCGACUGGGAGCCGCCGAGGAUGCCGGCGGGGCGCAUCGACUUCUACGAGAUCUCGCUGCGCGACAACAACGCCAGCUGCCUGAUGAGCACCAUCCUGCCGGGCCGGAAUCGUUCCUUUGUCAUGGCCACGCCGCGCUGCACCAGCCACAAUCCCUUCCAGCUGGCGGUGCGGGCCAUCAAUGUGGAGCAGCAUCCGCAGUUCGAUGGCCUGGAUGCUGGUGCCUUGCUACUCAUGUCGGCGGCCGCCGGCCAGCAGGGAUGCGAGGCCAAGACGGACGCACUGGGCGACGAGGAGCGGGCGCAGUUCGAGGCGUAUGCGGCCAACGUGACCGCCUAUCGGCUGUACAGAUCCGACUGGGAUGUCUACGGAUUCAUCUGCACACCGGACACGCACAGCGUGAAGGCCAUGUACCAGACGAUCGAGGUGACCGUGGCCAUUCUGGUGCUGGGCGUCAUCUUCUAUCUGGUGUACAAGAAGUACCGCAAGAUGUCCGACAUUGAUUUGGUGCUGCCUCAAGGAAUCAUUGAGACUUUGAAGAAGCAGCCCAUGGACAUGGGUGGCCUGUCCCUCGGCCUCGGUCCCGACUCGUCCCUCGGCGGGGGAAUCGUGUGCACCCGCGUGGAUGAUUCGCCGCAGUACACGCCGCAGGAUCUGCCGCACGACUUUAGCAACUUUGGCAGCGAGAGCUCCAAGCUGCUGCUGCGCACAGCCUCCUCCUCGGGCGGCGGCAUGGAAGCAGCGGCGGGACCACCAACCAGCUAUUUGGCCAUGCGGCACGGCCUGCUCGUCCAGAACGACAUGGAGCGGCAGCGGGAAAGAGAACGGGAACGGGAGCAGCAGCAGCAGCAGCAGCAGAGAGAGGAAGAGCGAGAGCAGCGAGGCGCCGCCAGUGGCUACAUCAAGCCCACGCAGAUGAAGAGCUGGAUGGGAGAUCCCUCCGAGAAUGAUGAUCAUGACUUUUCAGUUCCUGCUGCUCCACAGAUUCCCAUCGGCGGCUACGUACCGGUGCCCAUUCCGCAGUCGCGCCUCAAUCCGCCGCCUGUUCAGCCUCCUCUUCAGCCAGCCACCGCCACCGCUGCCGCUGCCUCCACCUUCUUUCCGCCCGCCCAUCUGCUCAACUUGGACAACUACGUGCAGGCCUCGGAUCUGCACAAGCUGAAGCCCCUGGUGGCCGCGCCGCUGCCUCUGCCAAACGGAGGAGCUUCCCCACCAGCAGCAGCAGCAAUGCGCCAGCUACCGCCACUCCCAACUGCUGCGGCUGCACCUGCUCCUAAGCUGGCCGACCUGGGCUACACCACCAUGGAGCAACUGCAGCGCACUGGGCUAGCAAAGCCUCCGCUAUCCGCCGCCGCCGUGGGAUCACCGACGCACGCCAACGCCGCCGGAGGAGGAGGAGCAGGAGGCGCCCAUCCUCAGCCGCAGAUCAAUGGCUAUGUGACGCCCCAGGAUCUGAACGCCCUGGCCCACAAUCGGCACGUCCUCUAAGCUGUUCGGAGCGGAUUUUAACAGAAGAAGAAAAGGAAACCCUCGCGUUCGCAUCCAGCAUUCAACUCUCUCAUCCCCAAGCGCAAUCAUCAACCGGAAUGUCCCGAAUCCAGGCAGCUGUUUUUAGUAAUUAGUGCUCCACUCCUCGGACGAAUGUAGUUCUUUCGUUUGUAAUUUAUUUUAUAUUCUUUGCGAUGCGUGCGAGGCAGAAAGGCAAAAAGGCAGACAGGCAGAAGUAUUUGUAACGCUAUAGUAUUUUUUUUAUAUAUAUACAUAUUCGUACUGUACACUUACACCCAACUUAACCAUCCGCGCGUCGAGCAGAUCGAACAGAUCGACCAGAGCUUAUAAUAUUAAUAUUAAUACCCUAUGUACACCAUACGCACAUCGCGGCGCUGUAUGUCAACAUAAAGCUAAUUUUAAAUGAAA